CUCGAACACAUCGGGCCUCCUGUCCUGCGCAAAGACCCACGACCAACGACGAUGCCUGGCAUUGUACGCCAGCCUGCUGCAGAAUCAGCCGUCAUGGAUUCUUCCACGCCGGGCAAACCAGACUUUUACCUCAUCUCGAACCAAGAUGCUGUCUACGAACAGGAUAUCCUUCGAAAUCCCGACAGUAUCCGACCAUGGCUGCUUUACAUCGACUACAAAAUGCGCAAUGGCACCAUCCAUGAACAAGCGUUUGUGCAGGAGAGGGCCUGCAUACAACUACCACGAUCAUACAAGCUUUGGAAAAUGUACCUGGAGUUCCGGAUCAAGCAUCUCAAGAAGAAGAAUCCGGUCAAAUACAGGGCGGAAUACAACAAAGUUAAUGCGCUGUUUGAACGCGCGUUGGUCCUACUCAAUAAAAUGCCCGUGAUCUGGGAGAUGUAUCUCUCAUUUCUUCUACGACAGCCAUAUGCCACAAAAACCCGCAGAACAUUCGAUCGCGCGUUACGAGCUUUACCUGUGACCCAACAUAACCGGAUCUGGAAGCUGUACAAAUCGUUCGCCACUUCUGCUGGGGGAGAGACCGCCGUAAGGAUAUGGUCGCGUUAUGUUCAAGCACAUCCCGAGGAUAUGGAAGACUACAUCGACCUGCUGAUCGAGACGGGCCAUUACCUCGAGGCUGUCAAACGGUACAUACAGAUUUUGGACAACCCGAGGUUCCGUUCGAAACACAUCAAAAGCGAGUUCCAGCUCUGGAGCGAAAUGGUGGAGUUGAUGGUGAACAAGGCGCGAGAAAUCGGGGACAGUUCAGUGGCAGGGUUUGAUGCGGAUACGAUCAUUCGAAGCGGGAUCGAACGAUUCGCCGACCAACGUGGCAAGCUAUGGGCGGGGCUUGCAACGUACUGGAUCACGCGGGGUGACUUUGAAAGGGCUCGGGACGUGUUUGAAGAGGGAAUCACAACCGUUAUGACGGUGCGCGACUUUACGAUGAUCUUUGAUGCCUACGUCGAGUUCGAGGAAUCGGUCAUUUCCACACUGAUGGACGCUGCCUCUGCGCGAGCUGCCAAAGGGAUUGUCGACCCAGAAAAGGAUUUUGACCUGGACAUGAGGAUGAUGCGUUUUGAGCAUUUGAUGGAUCGACGGCCGUUCCUGGUCAAUGAUGUGUUGUUGCGACAGAAUCCCAACAAUGUGGUUGAAUGGGAGAAACGGGUGGCCCUGUGGAACGACAACAAGGAAGAAGUGGUCCAGACAUACGCGGACGCCAUUGCGGCAAUUGCACCCAAAAAGGCAGUCGGCAAGUUCCACGAGUUAUGGUUGAACUACGCCAAGUUCUAUGAACAAGAGGGCGAUCUUGACACCGCACGCAUCAUCCUUGACAAGGCCGUCAAAGUGCCUUAUAAAUCUGUGGCCGAAUUGGCGGAUACAUGGAUCGGCUGGGCAGAAAUGGAGCUUCGCAAUGAGAACUUCGACGGCGCAAUGAAGGUGAUGGCGACGGCGACAAAGGCGCCCAAACGGAGCACAGUGGACUAUUUCGACGAAACCUUGUCGCCGCAGCAGCGAGUGCACAAGUCGUGGAAGGUGUGGUCGUUCUACGUGGAUCUGGUCGAGUCAGUGGGCUCGUUAGACGAAACACGGGCUGUGUACGACCGGAUCUUCGAGCUUCGAAUCGCGACACCGCAGACAGUGGUGAAUUAUGCCAAUCUCCUGGAGGAGCACGGGUACUUUGAGGAGUCGUUCAAGGUGUACGAGCGAGGCCUUGAUGUGUUUACAUACCCGGUCGCAUUCGAGCUGUGGAACCUGUACCUCACGAAAGCAGUAAAACGCAAAUUGGGCAUGGAGCGACUCCGCGACCUGUUCGAGCAAGCACUGGAAAACUGUCCUCCGGAAUUCGCCAAGCCCAUCUAUCUGAUGUACGGCAACCUGGAGGAAGAAAGGGGCUUGGCUCGGUCGGCGAUGCGCAUCUACGAACGGGCGACUCGCUCCGUCAGCGACAAGGACCGGUUUUCUAUGUUUGAGUUUUAUAUUACCAAGUCGGCGUCCAAUUUCGGGCUGACGUCGACGCGGCCCAUCUACGAGCGCGCGAUUGCCGCUUUGCCGGACAACGAGGCCAAAACAAUGUGUUUGAGAUUUGCCGAGAUGGAACGCCGCCUGGGCGAAAUCGACCGCGCAAGAGCCAUCUACGGUCAUGCCAGCCAGUUUGCUGACCCGCGCGUCGACAAGGAGUUGUGGGAUACCUGGGAGAAGUUCGAAGUCGCCCACGGCAACGAGGACACGUUCAAGGAGAUGCUCCGCAUCAAGCGGAGUGUCCAGGCCCAGUUCAACACCGAUGUGCAGUUCAUCGCCAGUCAGGCUGUCAAAAGAAGUCAAGAAGCGGCGGCAGCCGCGGCGGGAGGAAGCGCAAACGGUGUCGAAGAAGAUGGCAGCGGCAACAACAAUCUCGGCGACGCAAUGGCCGCCUUGGAGCGACAGGCUCGAGCCCCUGUCGGCUUUGUCGCCGCCAGUACAGGGCCAGAAGGUGGAAACCGGGUUACACAGGCACAGCAGCCAGUGGAGACUACUGUUGCUGCCCCUGCGGCCAAUCCGGACGCCAUCGACGUGGAUAUUGACGAGGAUUAAAUAGCAACAAUAAUAAAAAUCUGCCUGUAUCCAUGGUUAUGACAAGAUAUUGGGAAGGGUAUUUUCUUCUAUUUCCAUAGCCCCACCAGACACAUCGAAUUUCGAGAUAUUGAGCAAUGUGGACGUUACAACGACCUAUGUACGUGCGCCUUGUAGAACCACGGAAUGCAAAUAGAGCUGGGGAGCAGCAGUCUUCUCGACUACCUACCUACAAUGUACAAUGUGAGAUAGCAC